CGCAAACACCCACACCACCGAGGAAGAAGCUCAGGAGCUCAGACCCAUGUCGGACAACGAGCGCGAUGAAGCAGCCGAUGCGACCAGGACUGAGGCGGAGAAGAAGCUGUUUGAGAUCCGCAUGAAGAUGAACGCAGGCCGCAAGAAAAACAAGGAACUCGCGGAACAAGAGCACAUGAAAGCGACGCUUCCUCCAGGGAAGGCCAAGAAGUGGUCGGCAGACGACGGAGCCGCGCCCAAGCGUGAAGCGUCUAGUCUCCCCAAAGAAAAAGCAUAUCUUCUGGAUACGGUCGUGGACGCCGAGUUGAAGGCAAAGAAGGCACAGAAGAAGGAGAAACAAAAAGCUGCGUUUGGGUGGGAAGUGUUUAACCAAGAUUCGCUCUACAAUGCGUACAAGAAGCGCUUGCAUGCCCUUCCGACCGAGAAGAACACCAAUCGCGCGACAUCCAAGGAGUAUGACGAACUCGAAUACGGCAAGAAUGAUGCCACGACGGAAGAAGGCGUGGAUCGCAUGGUGGCGGAACUCGCCCACCGUGCCGAAGUGAAGAAAAAGUUUAGCCGACGACGACAGCAUUACGACGGCGAAGACAUCGACUACAUCAACAACCGGAAUCGCGUGUUCAAUAAGAAGAUCUCGCGCGCGUUCGACAAGUACACGGUCGAGAUUCGUCAAAACCUGGAGCGAGGCACAGCGUUGUAAGGACCCGCGUGAAGGUCGCAUUCCACGUAACCUCAACUACACAACCUUUUUCUUUAUGCUGGACAUCGCACGCGCGACUCGCUCCACCGUGCGCCUGCCGCUCACAGCCCCACCAUCACGACAUACAAGAGAGAAGGACUGUGUUGCUAGAUCGACCACAGGGUAACAUCCUGGACGAGAACGGACCCAUCCAGUGCACCUACACCAUCCAGUGCGGUUGCGGC